AUUUAUCAAAACGGUCACACCCUGCCUUUGUUUUUAUUUUGUUUUUCGAAGCCCUAACAAAAUCGCAUUUAAUUUCUUUUAAAUACGCAAAAAUCAUGUCCAAUAACGGCUACCGCCAACUGCCCAGCGGCGGCGACUACGACAGCCGCCAAGCGCAGCUGUCGGCCAACAUGAACGAUGUGCUGCAACGCACUACAGACAGUAUCCAGAGAUCCAACCAGAUUGCCAUCGAAACGGAGAACAUGGGAGUGGAGGUGCUGGGCGAACUGGGCGAGCAGAGGGAGUCACUGCUGCGCACCACACGACGACUGGAGGACGCCGACCAGGAUCUGUCCAAGUCACGUGCCAUUAUUCGGAAGUUGAGCAGGGAGGUGCUCUACAACAAGAUCAUUCUGAUACUCAUAAUCAUACUGGAGGUGGGCAUUCUGGUUGGUCUGUUGGUGCUGAAGUUUGCCCACCUGUGAGCCGCAGCGAUUGUAUUCCAAAGUUAUAGCCACGCAUUAUCGAUGGACUAUUUUUAUGUUUAAAAUUGUUGUGUCAACACUAUGCCUUAGCCACUAACAUUAAGUUGUAACAAAAGUAUCCAAAUAUGUGUAUAAAAUGGAAAUAAAAGAUAAUUCACAUA